UUCUACCUUUCGCGCGCUUUUUCGGCCAAAUCCCAUAAAUCCGCCGAACCGAGGGAUUUAGUAAAUUCGGGACUUAAUCCGUAAAUCCUUAAAUCCGGGAUUUACCCAUCGCCGGGAUUUAACCCGCGCACAAAAACCGUUUAGUUGGAUUUAGCGUAAAUUCGACUUAAAUCCCGCUGUAAAUCCGACACCAAACUGCCCCUAAAUCCUGCAUUAUGAGCGGAGGUGCUUGUGAGCGGAGGUGCUUCCCUUCUAUUUCCAGAAGUCCUCUAAAAGAGCAAAAAUUGGUUAACUUGAACGAGGGAAGUAAGGCAUCAAAUAAGUCUUUGGAUAGGAAGCACUGGAUUCUUCAGCAAAGGAGAUCUCUUCCCAUUGCAUCAGUGGAGAGAAGACUUGUAGAUGAAGUAAGGAAGAAUGAUACUAUAAUAAUUGUUGGAGAAACAGGAAGCGGAAAGACUACACAAUUGCCGCAAUAUUUAUUCAAUGCUGGAUUUUGUCGUGAUGGAAAAGUCAUUGGCAUCACCCAACCACGACGAGUUGCUGCUGUAACUGUGGCAAAACGUGUUGCAGAAGAAUGUGAUGUUCAGUUAGGUCAAAAGGUUGGUUAUGCAAUCAGGUUUGAAGAUGCAACUUCUACUUCAACAAGGAUUAAAUAUAUGACUGAUGGCUUAUUGUUGAGAGAGGCGUUAUUGGAUCCCAUCCUUUCUAGAUAUAGCGUCAUCAUAGUUGAUGAAGCUCAUGAAAGAACAGUUCAUACGGAUGUUCUACUGGGGUUGUUGAAAAAGGUUCAAGAUGCAAGGUUAAAACAACACAAGCUUGACAAGCCAUAUAUAAACAAUGUUGUCAAGUUUGAUAACGAAUGUCACAGCUCAAAUAUGAAAUUUUCUCCGUUGAAGUUGAUUAUAAUGUCUGCUAGCUUAGAUGCAAAAGGUUUUUCUGAGUACUUCUGUGGUGCGAAAGCGGUUUACGUCCAAGGGCGUCAGUACCCUGUGGAUAUACUCUAUACAUACCAUCCAGAGCCCGAUUACGUUGAUGCUACUCUUAUUACUAUUUUUAAGAUUCAUUUGGAUGACAGCCCUGGGGAUAUCCUUGCUUUUUUGACUGGUCAAGAAGAGAUAGAAUUAGUAGACAUGCUUGUCCAUGAGCGGCUUAAACAAUUACCUGAGCUUAGUAGGAACAUUCUAACUGUUCCCAUCUACUCAUCCCUUCCUUCGGAGCAGCAAAUGAAUGUCUUUAGACCAACUCCAUCCAAUUUUCGCAAGGUCAUACUAGCAACUAACAUUGCCGAAACUUCUGUCACUAUCCCUGGUGUCAAAUAUGUUAUAGAUCCUGGAGUGGUGAAAUCUCGUUAUUAUAACCCUGUGACGGGGAUGGAGUCAUUAAUUAUUAUGCCAAUCUCAAAAGCUCAAGCUCUUCAAAGGAGUGGUAGAGCUGGGCGUGAGGGUCCUGGAAAAUGCUUCCGGUUAUAUCCAGAAAGUGAAUUUUGGAAACUUAUAGAUUCUACUGUCCCUGAGAUCAAAAGGUGCAGCCUGUCAAAUGUUGUACUACAACUCAAAGGCCUUGGUUUUGAUGAUAUUAUUGGGUUUGAUUUCAUGGACAAGCCUUCAAGGAGUUCCAUUAAACAAUCCCUACAGGAGCUGUACCUUUUAGGGGCUUUGACUGAUGAUUGUAAAUUAUCUGAUCCAGUUGGGAUUCAGAUGACUAGGUUCCCCUUGGAUCCCAUAUACUCUAAAGCACUCAUCUUGGCGGGGGAAUUCAAGUGCUUGGAAGAAAUGUUGAUUGUGGUUGCAAUGCUCUCAGUGGAGUCUAUUUUUUACUCACCUCGUGAAAAACUAGAAGAGGCAAGAUCUGCGUGGAAGAAGUUCUCAAGUCCUGAUGGUGACCAUCUAACGCUUGUGACUAUAUUUCGUGCUGCUGUGGAGUACCGGGAGAAGAUUAGGGCUGCUACUAAUAAAGAGAAAGCAAUUGACAAAAGUCUAAGUAGGUGGUGCAGGGAUAAUUUCAUCAAUAAUAGAUCGUUAAAGCAUGCACUAGAUGUUCACAGUCAGAUAAAAGUGUAUCUUAAACAAAUGGACAUGGCUCUGUCUUCAUGUGGUGAUGAUGUGCUUCAGUUUCGCAGAUGCCUCACAGCAUCAUUCUUCCUCAAUGCAGCAGAGAAGCAGCCUGAUGGAUCAUACAGGGUGAAGGCAAAUGGUCAGAAGGUGCAGAUCCACCCUUCUUCAGUGCUAUUUAGAACAAAGCCUGAGUGCAUAAUAUUUACUGAGUUGAUCCAAACUAAUCAAAUUUAUGUGCGCAAUAUUUCUCGGGCAUGGAUGCCUGAACUUUCUAAGUAUUAUGAUGUAGAAAGCUAGGUUUCUUUCAUGUUUUGUCUAUUUAAUGUGAAUGGGGUUUUAGCUGGUUGUUGCAGCCACCAUUUGUGCCAUUAGCAAAUAGUGAAGUUGCUUUCUUUCAUAUAAUAUUAUUCACUUCACACAAAAUUUGCCAAUUUUUGUAUGUGAGUAUAUAGUAAGCCUAAAUGAUAAGUAUGUUUUUUUGGGUUUGCACAAAA